UUUAACCUAGAUAUAGAGUUAGCUAAUAAUAAGCCUUAUAUCAAAAGUUAUAGUAGCGAUAAGUGUAAGAAAGAAGUAGAUAAUAAAGAUAAGGAGAAUUUUAAUAGUACUAGUAACUACCUUAUAGAUAAGCAAUAUGAGGCUUUAAAAGCUUAG